AGUAUUCUUUUUACCGCCUUCCUACAAGGUAGUGGCCAUUCAAGUAAAAUAAAUAAACGCGAAAGUAUAGUUAGAUCAAAGGUAGAACAAAAAUGGAAGUUCCAACCGACAGUAAUCACGAUUUAGAUAAAAUUCUAACUGAAAUUGGGCAGUUUGGUGUGUUUCAAAUACUGAGCUGUGCUCUAAUAAGCCUCCCAAUGUUAUUCUGCGGAAUAGAGUUGAGUUUUGCCUUCGCAGCAAGUGGUGUAGAGCAAAGAUGCCUUAUAAAUGAAUGUGACCUAGAUGGUGCCAGGAAUAUUUCCUUUUUGCCACCGUGGAUAAAUAAUAGUGUACCAUUCGAAAACGGAGCACCCGCAAAGUGCACGCGGUACAGACCAUAUAAUUCUAGUGAAACGUUGGAUAUUAAAAACAGGAGCAGUAUUAGUAGCAGCAAUGGAUUCUGUUCGGCGGAAAUGUUUGACCAAAGGACAACUGAGUCUUGUAGUGAGUUUGUUUACAAAACUGAGGAAAGGACCAUUGCAACAGAGUGGGAUAUGUCCUGUCCAAACGACGCUUGGAAAUUGGCACUUAUUGGAACUAUUCAUAAUGUUGGACAAUUUAUUGGUAUGCCAAUCGGUGGCUACAUAUCAGACAGAUAUGGCCGACGUACAAUCCUUGCACUUGCAGGAACGAUUAGCGCAUUAAUGGGCAUUAUUCGAUCUUUCUCAGUGAACUAUAUCAUGUUUGCUGUAUUUGAAAUGUUGAAUGCUUUCGGUGGUAUCGUGUAUCCAACCGUCAUAGUACUUGGAAUGGAGUUGGUUGGCCCGGAGAAACGCGCUUUAUCCACAGCUAUCCUAGCGGCGGCCUAUCCACUGGGCGAAGUUACAAUGGGCCUUGUGGCCAAAUAUGUGACCAAUUGGAGGAACUUCCUCAGGUUUUUGUAUGCUCCUGGACUCUUACACAUAGCAUACUUUUGGAUUAUUGACGAGAGUGUUCGUUGGUUAUUAGCUAAAGGAAGAUACGACGAAGCAAUACGUACUCUCAAGAAAGCGGCAAGAUUCAAUAGGACUCAACUGUCUGAACAAUCACUUGAGAAACUUUGUUUAAACAGCGAAUCACAUAAGGAAAGUUCAGAAGACGCUUCCAGCGAAUCGUAUCCCAUUUGUCAUGCAUGCACAUCACCGAAGCUGCUUUUCCGCAUCGUGAACUUGUCAUUUUGUUGGUUCACAAACGUGUUAGUCUACUACGGAUUAAGUUUGAAUUCAGUAUCAUUCGCUGGCGACAAAUAUGUAAACUUCAUGCUGGUUUGCUUGGUGGAAAUACCAGGAGCUAUAGCUUCCUAUUUCGCCGUUAGUUUGCUCGGAAGACGACCCUCCCAAAGCGGCUUUUUGAUUAUCAGCGGGUUGGCAUGUUUGCUGUCGUACUUCGUCAGUGAGAAUCAACCGUGGCUGGCAUUUUCACUAGUCCUUCUUGGGAAACUUGCGAUAACAGCAUCUUUUGUAGUUUUAUUUGUCUAUGCCUCGGAGCUGUUUCCAACAAAUCUUCGACAAAGUUUAAUUUCUUUCUGCAUAAUGUUUGGACGAAUUGGUUCCAUGAUUGCGCCUCAAACACCCUUACUUGCUGAAAUUUUACCAGCAUUACCAUUGAUUCUAUUUGGAUCCUGUGCAAUCAUUUCCGGAGUAUUGGUGCUGACAUUCCCUGAAACUGCGAAUACAACGCUUCCGACAACUAUAUUGGAUGCUGAGAAUGUUGGCAAUAAUGCCGUGAAAAACGAACCUAGAUUCUACAACGUUGGUGAAAAUACUGGGUCUCACGAAGGCAAUGCAAUUUUUCCGUGAAUCCUCCAGCAAUUC